UUUUAUGCAUUCAAGUCAUUGCGAGCGAAAAAGAGACACCGGAACAAUCUGUGCCGAAAAUUCCGUAUAAUGCCGACUUCGAAGAGAGCUCGGAUGGCUGGACUCGAAGAAUGAGAGAAGACAUCCUCAGCAGCCUGGUGAAGCCCAUAAACACUCAGAGAGCGAAGAACAUAAUUAUCUUCGUCGGCGACGGGAUGGGAAAUCCGAUCACGGUUGCUUCACGGAUCUUCAAAGGACAGCUUCGAGGUCAGCCAGGCGAAGAAGAUAUGCUCGAGUUCGAAAGAUUCCCUCACACUGGAAUAUCCAAGACGUACUGUGUUGACAGUCAAGUCGCAGAUUCAGCCUGUUCAGCAACUGCGCUUUUCCACGGAGUCAAAGCACCGUUCAAAACUUUAGGCGUGGAUCGAAACGUUGUGAAAGAUGACUGUGAUUCUCUGCUGAAAUUCCGCGCAAAAUGGCCGCAUUCCAUCGCAGAAGCUGCUCAAAAAGCCGGAAUGCGAACAGGGUUCGUGACGACGACGUCGGUGACCCAUGCGACACCAGCUGCGCUCUAUGCCCACUCACCCAACCGGGAAUGGGAAACUGACAAAGAUAUUCCGGAACUUCAACGACAUUGCAAAGAUAUUGCACGACAGCUGGUGGAAGACACGCCAGGCAAAGAUUUUAAUGUGAUCAUGGGUGGCGGCUUGUUCGCUUCGUCACAUUUGAAAUACGAGACGGACGCGGCUGAUGAGCGCAGGCGGAAGAAACCCGAUGCUCAACCGAGUCUUGAGCAAAUGACCAUUGCAGCUAUCGAAACGCUGAGUAAUGGCGAAAACGGCUUCUUCCUCAUG